AUGAAAAUAGUGUUUACAACUUUUUAUCCAGAAAAUGGGCUUUGGAAUUCAAUUCCAGGUAUGCUUUCCCAUCUAAUUAUAUCUAUGUACAGACCACGUACUGCGGCUCCAAUUCCCAAUAGUGCUCCGGAAUUGAAACAUCCUCCUGGUUAUGUUGAUCGUUCAUUUCCGGCUACUGCAGUUCGUGACUCAGACCCCCAUCUUAUGCGUCAAAGAAGUUGGAACAUUGCAUUAGGGCCGUUCCGCCAAGUUCCAAUGAACCUUUUUAUCAUGUGGAUUUCAGGGAGUUCUAUUUCGAUAUUCCCUCUGAUGUCCGUUAUUAUGCUGUUUUUACGUCCUUUACAAGCCUUAUUUUCUGCUCAGAACACAUUUAACCUUAUAGAAGGGAGUCAGGCUACAAUACAAUGUUGUGUAUAUGUUCUUGGUAACCUUGUCAUACUGGCUCUUGCUAUGUAUAAGUGUCACACUAUGGGUUUACUUCCUACAUACGCUUCAGAUUGGCUUUCAUUUAUAGAGUCACCUCAGGCAGCCGAAUGGUCAGCUGGAGGUUACGUGGUGUAA